CCUAUUAUCUAUGCUUAUUCUGAAAUGUUUGUUGACAGCUUGUUGUGGCCGUAGAUUGUCGUAGCUUACGUGCUGUUUGCAACCCAAUAAUGAUAUGUAUGCCAACAACUGUAAGUAAGAUCGUUCAUAAUUAAAUAUAUAAAACCAGAGAAAGGGAUUGUUUGAAGAGAGUAUUUCUAAUGGGAAAACACAAAAAACAUAAACUAGAUAAAAGAGAUCGUUGCGAUGCAGAUCCUGACGGAAAGGGACCUGGAUUAAAGUUAAUUUUAAAGGUUGGAAAUCAAACAACACCGGAGCACCUAAUGGAUUGGACAAGUGAAGGAACUGCUACCAAUAUAGAUGCAGUAGCAGAAACUUACGAUGUUAGUAACGAAGGAGCACAACAACAAGUGGAUACUUUAAUGUUACACAGAUUACAUCACAAAAAGAGUAAGAAAAAGAAAAGGAAAAAAGAAAAAAGCAAAGACAAAGACAGGGAAAGAAAACACAAGCACCACCACAAGGAGAAAAAACGUAAACAUACAGAAAGCAGCCAAGAUGAAGGAUCUUUAUCUCUAGUAGAAGAGGGUUGUAUAAACAAUGUGGCAAGUCCAUCUGGUCGAGAACCACGAAUGUGUGUACUUCGGAAGAGAGAAGAACGGACCGCCUUGCAAAGAGCAUCGGAACAUGUCCUUAAAGCAUUAGAGAAGCGCGAUCCGCAGCAGUUUUUUGCCUGGCCAGUUACGGACAAUAUUGCCCCAGGAUAUUCAGCCAUCAUUUCUCAGCCAAUGGACUUUAACACAAUGCGUCAAAAAAUUGACGAAAAUCACUAUUUAACGUUACAAGACUUCAUUGCUGAUUUUAAAUUGGUGUGUAAUAAUGCCAUGCAAUACAAUCAUGUUGAGACAAUUUACUAUAAAGCUGCAAAAAAGUUGCUGCAUACUGGCAUGAAAUUAUUACAACCAGAAAAACUGGGAUGGCUAUUGAACCUUAUUCCUGAAUUGUCCAGCAAAGACUUAGGUUUUGAAAUAACUCCAGAAUUGAGACAAGAUCAAAAGGAUGGUGCCCAGCGAGAGAGGGAAAGAGACGGAGAUGAGGGGGGUGAUGGAGAAAAUGAUCAUGAUGGAUUUGAAACUAAGAAAAGAAUGCCCGCAACAAAAUUUGAAGCGAUUCCCGACUGUAUGUCACCUGAAGCUAUUCUGCAACAAGUACAGACUGCUGCACAAAAUGCUAAAGCAAAACUGGCUUCCAAAAACGGGCGAUGUUUAGGGUUCCUAAGUAUGAAGAAAGAUGGUACAACUCAUUUAAAUAUACUAUGUGGAGGGGAUGGCGUUAUUCCUGGAACCAAAAAACGUCCCGUUUUGUUAGGACAAUUGACCGGCAAAGUAACAGAUGGAACUAGCCAUAUACAGGGUUACCGGGAGGAUAGGAGAAACGUCGCUAAACCUGUUAAACCGCUUUAUUACGGAGCUUUUGGAUCUUACGCUCCAAGUUACGAUUCUGCCUUUGCUAAUUUAACAAAAGAAGAGAGCGAUUUAGUUUAUCAAACUUACGGAUCGGAGACGGCAGUCCAAUAUGCAGAAAGCAUAUUAGAUUUUGCAAAAGACUGCGACUAUACCCUUCAAAUGGUCGAUAGUCUUUUGGAUCUGCUUACGGGUGGCGAUCACACAAAAACUAAAAAAGUAUUGGAUGAAAAGAGAUCAAUUCGUGAAGAAGAAGAAGCUGUUAAAACAGUAUUGGAAACAAGCCGCUCAUGCGUAUCAGACCUAAAGAAUAACGAUCCGCCUCAAUCUGAAAUCGAUUUCAAACAGUUGCGUACUCUUUCAUCACUCGGAAUUGACACUAGUUUUUUAGAAGAAUUCGAACGCGAACAAUGGUCCAUGGAAGAAUGGAAAGAAAUGCAAAAACGUUUGGACACUACAUCGCAGCUGCUAGAUAAACUUCAAAAAACACAAUAUCGGAGAUUGUCAGCACCACCUCCGCUUCAUUUAAACAACGUUGCGCUUCCAACCGAAGAAGAAGUUGCAUUGGCUGAGAGCGUUACCGACAAUUUGACGGAAAUAGCAAAGAGGGUUGGACCUGGGGACGUGUGUUCGAUUCAGGGGAUUCGAAAGGCACUGGGCGUUAAUUUACCUGAUACCGCUCACGAACCUACACAUUCGACGACGGCAAACGAGGUGGCUGAUUUGGAAACUGAGUUGAGACAGUUUCUCGAAAACGAAUCGCACUUGACCCAAAGCCCGCUUAGAGACGACGACAAAACAAUCGAAGAAAUACUAAUGGAAUAAACAAUAAAUUCUAAUGCGGAUGUGUUUUUUUUUAAUGCUUUUAAUUUGUAGAUGAAAUGUGACAUUUUAUAUACUGUAACAUUACUACACAUUUAUGAUAACAAACAUAUACACAAUAUGCUUUGUUCACUACAGUAUAUUUUACUCCCGAUCUGAAAGAGCGGCUACGCCAGGAAGGACUUUCCCUGUUAAAAAAAAAUAUAUAUUGAACUUAUC